GAUCGCGACGGACGUCGCGUCGUCGCGGGCUCCUGAAACGCAGUUACCGCGAACCGCUGCUUGGCGAAAAAAGUGCGUGCGCGCGUGCCGCUCCACGAUCGAGGAUGCCAGUCGGGCCGUACGCCGUUGCCGUCGGCCCGAGAGUCGUCGUCGUCGCGUUGCUCCGAUGAGAGGACGUGAAGCAGAUCGGAAGUGCAGCGUCCGCGGAUGCAGCAGCCAACAUGGACUCUCACGUCGGUCUCGACUACAUCGUGGAUAAUCCUGAUUAUUGCGUCAAGCUCGCCUCGGCACUGGACACGGCAUGCCCGUCCGUGAAGAAGCAAGUCGUGGAGUUGCUGUCGGCGCUGUGCGUCUACAGCCAGGACGGCAGGCAGAGAGCCAUCGAUACUCUUCACACCUACCAGGAACGGAAAGGCGAGCGUUAUCGAUUGCGAGUCGUGGUCGACGAGCUGCAGAAAGCGACGGCCGAGGAUUACCAGACCGCGCUGCUGGCAUUCAUAAAUUGUUUGGUCAUCUCGACGCCGGUGCUCAAGGACCGCAUACGCAUUCGCAACGAGUUCAUCGGACUCAAGCUCCUGCCGAUCUUGAACGACCUGCGGAAGUGCCACGCGCCGGACGUGCGGGUGCAGCUGGGCGCCUUCGACGAUCAACGGGAGACCGACGAGGAGCUCACUAAUCACGGCCCACCCGGGAUCGAUCUCUCCUCUCACGUGGACGUCUUCUACGCCAUCCUCGGUCAAGUUGCAGACACUCCGCAGGAGAUACCGUUCCUGAGUGUCCUGCAGCAUCUGCUGCGGCUCGACCCGAAAGACGCCGCCAGCGAUCUGGCAUGGGACACCGCGGAGACUCUGGUGCACCGAGCCACGUUGCUGGAGAGUCGCGAGGACGCGACCAAGCUGCUGAGAUCGCCUAGCCUCCAGACGAAUCUAUGCUGUCACUGUCGCGGCGCCGACCAGACGUGCGGAACGUCGCGGAAAGCGUCGCUGCCAGCGAACAAUCCGACGCCACCCCAGCCGCCGCCGCCGCCACCCCCGGUCCCGGUGGCACUGACCCCGCCGGCACCGUCGAGCGGCGGCUUUGUCCUACCACCACCGCCUCCGCCGCCGCUCUUCGUCAACGUCGCCGCCUCUGAUGCCGCAAUGGAGCCUCCGAUGCCGCCACCCCUGCGCGUGCCCCCUGUCGCACGCGCACCCACCCCCGAGCCUCCCAACAAUCAUGCCAGGCUGCUACCGCAACAGGAGAUUCCCACCCCCAAGACGAAGAUGAAGACCAUCAACUGGAACAAGAUACCGAAUCACAAGGUGAUCGGCAAACGGAACAUCUGGUCCUUGGUGGCGAACGAACAUCAGAAUUCUCCGAUGGCAGACUUGGACUGGGCCGAAAUGGAGGGCCUGUUCUGCCAGCAGGCUCCGCCGAUGGUGCCACCGGCGACCUACGCCUCCUCGUGCGGCACCGGCGUCGACGCGGAGCGACGUCGUCGAGAACCGACGGAGAUCGCGUUACUCGAUGGGAAAAGAAGCCUGAACGUGAACAUCUUCCUGAAGCAAUUCCGAAGUUCAAACGAGGACAUAAUCCAACUGAUCAAAGACGGCGGCCACGACGACAUCGGCGCGGAGAAGCUACGCGGCCUCUUGAAGAUCCUGCCGGAGGUGGACGAGCUCGAGAUGCUCAAGAGCUUCGACGGCGACAGGUCGAAGCUCGGGAACGCCGAGAAGUUCUUUCUGCAGCUCAUUCAGGUGCCCAAUUACAAGCUGCGCAUCGAGUGCAUGUUGUUGAAGGAGGAGUUCGCCGCGAACAUGAGCUACUUGGAGCCGAGCAUCAACUCGAUGAUCCUCGCCGGCGAGGACCUCAUGACGAACAAGCCUCUGCAGGAGGUGCUGUACAUGGUCUUGGUCGCCGGGAACUUUCUCAAUUCUGGCGGCUACGCUGGCAAUGCGGCGGGCGUGAAGCUCUCCUCGUUGCAGAAGCUCACUGAGAUCCGCGCAAACAAGCCGGGGAUGAACUUGAUACAUUACGUGGCAUUGCAAGCCGAGAGAAAGCGGAAGGACUUGUUGAAUUUUGCGAAAGAUAUGACCGCCUUGGAAGCGGCGACAAAAACGACGAUCGAACAAUUAAACAACGAAUUCAACAGCCUGGACACGAAAAUCAAGAAGAUCAAGAGUCAGAUCCAGCUCUCUUCGACCGAAAGCGACAUACAGGAACAGAUGGCACAGUUUCUUCAGAUGGCCGAGCAAGAAAUGGCGCAGUUGAAGAGAGAUAUGGAGGAGCUCGAGGGAGUGAGACGAUCGCUCGCAGAGUUCUUCUGCGAGGACACGAAUGCGUUCAAAAUUGAGGAGUGUUUCAAAGUGUUCCAUCAAUUUUGCCAAAAGUUCAACCAGGCUGUCGCGGAGAACGAGAGGCGGCGCAUCCAGGAGGAGCAGGUCCUGGCGCGUCGCAAGCAGCGCGACGAGUUGCUAGCGAGAAAACGACCGCUGAACAAUCAAGCAGAGACACCGGGCUCGGAGUCGGAAUGCAACCUGAUGGACUAUGGACUUUUCGAUCUCCAUACCGGUUUACCUCAAAGAACUUACAGUCGUGGUGAAGCCAAGAUGAAACGAUUACAGAAUGGCGGUGUCACGUCGGACGAGGACGUUUCUGUCACGGGGUCGCCGAGCAUCCGACGUCGUUUAGGAUCCUGCUCCGGUGGUCCCGAUCACCAAUCUACCAAAGAAGACACAUAUUCGCCCGAUAUCACGCCUAACGGCACACUUCGCCGACGCAGGAGCAGGAUACCCUGCGAGGACGAUGACGGAAACCUGAUGGACUUCUUGCGCACCUCCGGCCAGGAUAACACGCGGGAGAGAAAGUCGUGGGGUAGUUUAGAUCGAUCGUGGGCGCGAAGAGCUCGAGGACAGUCACGAAGAGGGGAUCUUUUGAACGCCGAUUUUUCGGGCGACCGGGAACGACCGAGCUCGCCGUCUCCUCUCGCGGAGAGCAAGCCAUUCCUGCAGGAGGAGGAAGCCAAGCCGACUGGGAAAGCGUGGCGACAAAAGAUCGAGGCGUGGCUGUCGGAGAACGAGAAAGAGGAUCGCGCGGGCGAGCAGCUUCAGAGAAAAGCGAAGCAGCUGCACCAGGCGAACCGACGGUCCUUCGAAGACUCGGAAAGCGAAGGCAAAAGCUGCGCGACGAACACUUUGGCGGAAGAUCAAUCCAUGCACGAAGGGUUCUCCGAAGUUUACGACUGGCGGCCGUCCGUCGAGAAGACUGACGUCAUGCGCACGAUGGAAGCCAUUGAAGAAGCCCAACCGCUUUCGUCCCAGGACAAGUCACCCUGGCGAAAGUCGAGCUUAAACGUACCAAAUAGUAUGGAAGAGACUGAUCCACGUUAUUCCCGUAGACUUAGGUCCAGACUCAGCACAGAAAACACUCUCGGCCCGAGUACACUGCAGGCUAUCAGAGAGGAGGAUAGGAAGAAGAACAAGAUCACCGAUACGAUUAGCUCAGACAUGCAGGACGAACUGACGAUUUACCUCUGGCAACCUUACACUGGGUCGCAAGCACCGGCGACGCGGCGCUUCUCGAAGCUCAGCAAGAAGACUACCGACGAGGAGAGAAUCAGCGAUAAGAUCGAGAUCGAUUCGGACAACAUCGAGACGCCGCCGGCGACCAGACGGUUGUUCAGUCCGCCGAAGGAGGUAAAGCCCGUGGACAAGGAGCCCUGUAAGCGGGAACGUUGCAGCAGUUCCCUCCAGAGCCGAGAAACAAAGACUGCGAUAUUGAAGCCCGUCGGUCCCAGCACGGAUCUCGGUACCGGCAACUUCGACAGGUACUCAGCGACGCGGCGAACCCGCAGGUACAAGAAGACCCAAGACCCCGGGGACAAGGACAAGUCAGACGCGUCCAGCCCCGAGCUGGUGUACGACGAGAAACCGGCGCAACGACCCAGCACUCUGGCUCUCAACGACUCCGAGGCGAACAAAACAAGCAACGCCAAAGAAGAAGAGGAGGCGGAGCAGGAAGAAGAGGAGGACGUCAUGCUGCGCGUCUGGCAAGACAAACUGAAGCGACGCGGCGACGCGUCGUCGACGACGACGACGACGACGACGACAGCGUGCGACAUCGACGCUGCGCUGGCGGAGAUCGCGCGCUCCGGCGAGGAUCUUCAGCGUCUGUCGCGCUCGGCCACCGGCCACAGAAACUCGCGGCUGCCGGUCAGCCAGCCGCCGCCACCGGUAGUGGCGGUGACCAACACCGUGCUGAGUCCAGUGAUGCAGGAGUCGCGGCCCCGCGAGUCAGUCACGGUGCUCGCCGAGCGAGCGGUGACGAGUCGCGAGCGUCAUCGCAGCAUGAUCGACCCGAGUCAAGUGAAGGAGGCGGUUCGUCUGACCAGCAGCCCACCCGUCGUCCAGGUGAACCAGCAACCGGACCCCAGGACCUUCCAAAGAAACGGAAACUCUCCGCACGAUCGCAAGCACGAGCAGGAUCAGACGCGAGCGACAACGCGCGACAACGCGCCGGUCGGAAUUGCGGACCAAGAGGAGAGCGCUAACUUGUCGAGUAGUCUGAACAGCGGCGACCUUGAUCCUGAGAAGAAUAUGAUCGUUCUCCAGGCGGACAAGGACGAUUCUCGCGAUCGCGUGCUCGUGACGCGACAGAACUCCGUGUUCCGCGGCUCCAGGUACAUCCCCGACAUAAGCGUCACGUCCUCACUACCGUCAUGCGGCAAGGGCAGGGAGCAGGAGCUGAAUGACGAAGGCUUCGAGGAGACUCAGAGCCUCGUGUCAGAGACCCUGAGCCAGGAGACGUCCUCCGGCAACUACGAGACCGACACGCACGACUCGACGCGCUGCUCGCCGGCCGAAUUGGGUUACGGCGGUGAGAAACGUCGCCAUCGCGACGUCGACGACGACCUGGACGCUCGGCGGCGCUCGUCCGUCGACAAGCUGCCGAAGCCGCGGCCGGACAAGGUGUACGACAAGAGGGAGAGCGCGCCGCGCGGAAGGAACGUCCCGGAAAAGUCCAGUUUCCUGCCGAAACGCACGACAACCGGUGCGAAGCGCGAGACCACGUUGAGGAAGACCGAGUCCCUGAAGAGGACUGUGAACACCGCCCCGAGCAAGCCGACGUCCCGGAACGAGGUGGAGCGCUCGGGAUCACGCAGCAGCCUGCGCAGCUCGCGAAGCUCCUUGAACAGCGCGACGUCCGUCAACACGGUGCGCAACCUGGCGCCCAGCCAGCACGCGCACCUGCGCAACUACACCUCGGCAAUCCGCGCGCUCACCAACGACCUGAGGAAGAGCCCGUCGAGCAGCCCGUUGCCGCCGAAGGACGCGGCCGACAAGAGGCGACCGGGUCAGCCGCGCACCGGGGUCAGCAGGAUACCCGCCAGCAGGAGUAGCAGCAGCGGCAGCAGUGUCGGCCCGGCGGUGAAGAGUAUGCGGAAGACGCCGACGGUGACGCCCGACAUACCAAAAGUCACGAAGGGCCGACCGAUCGCCUCGCGCAGCAGCAGCAGCGGCAGCAGCGUCGGUCAGCAAUCCAUCGCGGGCGGCCGGCAGGUCGGUGACAAGACGGCCGCCACGAAGAGCAGGCUGGUGCAACCGCGAGCUGGCAGCAAGAGUCACAGCUUCAUGCGACCUACCGCCGCCAGCGUCAACAAGGGCUCCAUACCGAACCUGCCCAAGAGCAUGAAAGCUAUGGUCAAGUGAUAUCUCUUCUCGAUCAGAGGAGAAGAGUCGUCAUUUCACCGCAAUGCUAUCGCAACUCGUCCUCGAGAGCCGAUCCGAGUCGAUCCGGUUUAACAAGUAACGAGUAUCGCAACGCGAGCUCGCAGAAUUAAAGAGUCACUCUUGACGGUCACAGCUGAGAUAUUAAAACCGUAAGAGAUAUCGCGCUAAAGAGUUUGCGUUAUCGCGGAGGAUGAUGUAGCCGAUUAGCGAGAUUAGGUAACGAAUUAUCAAUAUUUUCUUCGCUUACUACGCAGUACGUCUCUCGUAGUGUAGAGGGACAAAAUAAGUAGAGACUAUACUUCUUCUCUGAUACGCGCGCUCUACCGCCACAUACAUACACCCACACAAACCCGCAUGGAGCGCAUACGCACCAAACAAUGCAAAUCCUCAGACCAGGGGAAAGUAAUAAUCAAAUAAUCAAAUCUAUUCGCAGCUUUACGCGACAACUACCAAGUUGUGACCAAGGAAACCUGAAGGAAUGCCCCCGAUCUUUUAUGUUUCGCGCCGACCAAAUUCCGGGAGUAGCUUCCUUUCGAUGUUUUAGAGCAUACAUAUAUAUAUUUAAAAUAUACUGUAACACACACACAUACAUAUUUGACUAAUGUGCAUAUCGAUAUAUAUAUUAUGUAAUUCUUACCGUUAACACGAAGAUAAUUGUAUCGUAGGAUAUACAUUCGACGCGCGCGCGCGCGCGCAAUAAAUUAACAAGUCACGAUAA